AUGCCUUACUUAACGUCGGCGCCCGAAAUAUUCCGAAAGACCCGGGAUCUUGCACAAGGACACCUGGACGAUUACGGGGACGAAGACAUGCUGGAGUGUAUGACGGCUGAAGUGGGGGGGGGGGAGGAGAGGACAGAUAUCGACCUUGAGGACAUGACAAGUUCCGACUUGGAGAGAUUCUUCGGCGUCACAGAGGGCUCGGAACCUUUUCCAGAGACAGGCGAUGAGGCUCCACUCACAAAUUUCUUGGUCGGCCACCAGGCCAGAUUUCAAAGUGCUAUGAACAGGGCCCUUGAAAGCGAGGCCAAGAUACAUAUCACCCUGGGGUUUCUCCUUCUGGACACAUUCUAUAGAGUUUUGGGGUUUCUCGAACGGGAGAAUAGAACGCUUCCUAGAACAAAGAAGUUAAAUCUCAACGCUGGGACAAGACUUCAGGGAGCUGUACCAGGACCCUCGGGGGAAGGGCACCACAUCACCGGAGACGUGGACUACUCCGUCUUCGCUGGCUUUGAUUUGCACUUCGACCUUGCGAGCAACCUCGUCUGCGUUGUGGUCAAGCCACAAGGUUUUUCUUCGACUAGAGAGCCCCAGAUUAUCAGUUCAAUGGCUCUUGUACAGAAGCGCAGGAUGAAGACCGGCGUGCAGAGCCCCACCGUCUACGGCAUCUUGAGCAAUAGCAGCCAGUUUUACUUUUUUCAUACCGAUGCACAGCAACGGUAUAGCGUCCUCUGGUACUCUUCUAUUUUAUCCUCUUGCAUUUCGCGUACAUUCCUCUUGAGUCUUUUACACGAUGCCCCCCCUAUAUGA